GCCCCCGGCCGCCCCGCCCCCAGGCCCCGCCCCUCCCUCCGGGACACGUCUGCGCGGCGCGGGGGACCGAGGGCGGUGGAGCGCGCGUCCGGGGCAGCUUCGUGGCCUCGGGGAUCCGCUGCACGUCGGACCUUGACCUGCGGCCUGGGAGGAGGCGGGCGAGAUCCACCGGCCGGGCUCUGACCGCCUGACCGCCUUCCUGGGCGCCGGAGUCCGGGCCCCCACGCCAGGACUCUCCCUGCGUAAGCUGUGGGCGCCUCAGUGAGAAACCGUGAGCUCCGCUGCGCUCCAGCCCUUUGCGGGCCUCCUGGUGACGUGGGAAAGCAAGAGCCAAGCCCCACCCAGAGCCCCAGCCGCUGCGCUCACCGGGAUCAUGGGUUACGGGGAGUCGGACACCCGCACGCCUGCCUUGGUCUCCCUGCCCUGAGUGCCUCGGCCCGCCUCCUGCCCCUCCUUCCUCCUUCCGCAGCCCUGCAGCAUGCAGCCCCAGGAGAGCGGCAUCCAGUACAGCAGGUGGGAUGACCGCAGCCAGGACGAGGUCCACGUGGCGGCCGGGUCCAGCGCAGAGGCGCCCUGGAGCUGGGAGCGGAUCUCCCAGAAGCUGUGCUCGGGCAAGCUGGGCAUCGCCAUGAAGGUGCUGGGCGGAGUGGCCGUCUUCUGGGUCAUCUUCAUCCUCGGCUAUCUCACCGGUUACUACGUGCACAAGUGCAAAUGAGGCUGCCCAGCACGGACGCUCGGGGCUGGCUGCCCGUGCAUGGGGACGUGGGCUUGGACGGGCCGACCCCUGUAUGCCAGCACCCUUUUGUGUACAAAGAACCCCAUAUAUACAGUCCUCGUGUACAGAAGACUCUUCUCUCUGGACAGACGCCCCCCUGCCCCCCGCCGUGCUGUGGUCACUGGCCAGCACGUGGGCACACAGGUGCACAUGCCUGGUGGCACGUGGCUAGCCAGGACACGCAUGGCUGGAAGAGGGGCUCGCUGGAGCUGGGACUGCAGGACCCGCCCCCACAGCCCCUGCAGGGAGAGGUCCUCCCCGGGCGGGCCUGGGGCCCACGGCCCAGUCUUCCAUGCUGUGAAGGGGGUGUCCCUCUUGAGGGAGUGGAUCCAAUGGGAAGGCACUUCCCCGCCAAGGCAGCCAUUAAAAGUCUGUUGAAUGAA